AUGUGCUGCAGACCUAUAAACGAUCGAUUUCUCCUGAGAAUCAUGGAUAUAUUCUAUCACGAACAAUGCGUUCAGUGCUGUGCGUGCGGAGAUCAUCUUCUCCACACCUGUUUCGUUCGAGACUCCAAGUUGUAUUGUAGAAUAGAUUAUGACAGAUUAUUUAUCAAGAAAUGUCUUGGAUGCUCUGAAAGAGUCUCCCCGGAAGAAUUGGUGAUGAGAGCUAGCGAUAAUAUUUUCCACUUACGGUGUUUUGUGUGCGUUGUGUGUGGAAUACGACUACAAAAAGGAGAUUUGUACGUCAUCAAACAGGGACAAUUGUUCUGCAGAGCUGAUUAUGAAAAAGAAGUGGAGAUGAUGCAAGGAUUUGGUUAUGGAGAAUUCAUUUGCGAUGAACUUAUACCAUCCAGCAGAUCUCACGAUGGUCGAAGAGGACCAAAAAGGCCAAGAACAAUUUUGACUACUCAACAAAGGAGAGCCUUCAAAGCUUCUUUUGAAGUUAGCUCCAAACCUUGUAGGAAAGUAAGAGAAACUCUGGCAAAGGACACAGGAUUGAGCGUUCGAAUAGUUCAGGUUUGGUUCCAAAAUCAACGCGCUAAAAUGAAGAAAAUUCAAAAGAAAGCCAAGCUGGAUAACAAAGCGCCCAAAGACCUGGAAAAUGAUGAAAAGAAAUUAAAUGUCAAAGAAGAGGAACAAAGUCCCCGUUCAACCCCGUUCUUCAACGACAGCUGCAGCGACAAUGAAACCACAACCGACGAAACUAUUCUCCAGAACACUCCCAACCCCCAUUUUCUCAACAUAAAGGAAGAACUCGAGAACGAUAACUCCUUCUUCAAAAGCAAUAACAACAUGCCGCUACACGCUUUUACAGGAAUAGAAGUUAACAAAAGACGAGAGGAAGGCUACAUGGGCAUAUCGUUUCCUGCAAACUUAGAAACGGCACAACAGACUUUGUUCCUGAAUCCACCAAUGGCACAUCAGAAUCCUCCUCAAACGACGUCAGGACUGAAUCCGAUCGAUCGACUGUACUCCAUGCAGAACUCGUAUUUUUGCGAAGAGGAACAAAUGGAACCGUGAGAUGACUGUCUUUGAAUGUGUAGCACUGAAAUGAAGUUUGCGUGCAAUAAAUUAGCCCGCAAUGAACUGUACAAUGAAAGGGUUAAUGAGAUUUUCUGGAACUAUUUAUUUAUGCUUAGUAGUUUUUGCUGAAUUGUUCAUCAUUUGAGGGUUGUUUUGAAGAUUUUAUACGGGAUAUUUCAGAAUGUACUACAAAAAAUAUGCAGUACAUCCAGCGAUGAGGUGGACAAGAGGAGAAACGGACAAAUAAUGUAAUUUGCUCAGAAUAAUUGCUCAUUACAA